AUGUAGUUAUAAAAUUCAAUUCGAACAAUGGAGGAAAUAGAAUACUUAGAGAAUCAAGUGUACCCGAAAUUACACACUGCUUUAGUGCAGCUGAUAGACCAUAUUGUAAAGACAGAGGAAGUGAGAAAACAUUAGGAAAGAUUGAAGAAAAUUAAAAUAUUUGACAGGAUUGAACAAAAGAAAGUAGAGAAACAGAGAUUGAAAAAUGAAUUGGGAUCAGCAUAUGAAUCCUCGUCUCAGGGUUCUGCAGAGAAUGAUGAUUUAAUGGGGAUGAGUUCAUAACUGAUUAAAAACGAUGAAUCCAUCUUUCCGAUAAAUCACCAAAUACAGGCUCCGGCAGGAAUCUCAAUAGAUGACAUGAGUCCUCAGGAUAUGAAGAAGGAAAUCAAUCUGGCGUUGAAUCAGAUUCAAGAGGAUCAAGAUGACGAGGAAGCCCCAGAUAAACAAGAAUUGCAGCAUUUGAAAUAGCAAAUGAAGUAGCAAAGAGAGGCUCUUGAAUUCAAUCCAUUGAUCUAUUUAGCACAUUUAUUAAGAGAAUUGUAGAAAUGA